AUGUGUUUCCACAAACUCAGACCCUCAACUACGUUUUCCUGCACUUGUCCACGUCGACUUCUGGUUCACUCAGUGUUUGAGCGUCGUCGGACUCACUUAAUGUCUUCACUUCGUCGAGAGGCCACAAGCGUACACUCUCUCCUUCCCCCAUCCGUCCACUCCCUUGCUUUAGGUGCUGAUGCUGACAAGCCUUCUAAUCCCUACUGGCCACAUCGUACUUUGGCCCUGUUGUCGAAAUCUCUCUGUAAUCAAGCUGUCCCACUGACGCCGAAAAACGCGACUCCAAAGAAUAGCGUGGGGGUAGGUAUCAGGAUUUGUGAACGCGAGGAAGGCAACGAGGAGGUCUCAAAGGAUUGCGUUUCCCAGUCGGUGGUGCAGCGACUGUGGGAGAUUACAUCAUAUGCUGAAAGGAAGAUGGAAAACUCGAGCUAUGUCACUCUCAAGGAACUACACUUUCUCUCUAAGAAAUUGCGUGUGAUUUAG